CGCGUCUGUAACACGUCUUCUUAGUGGUGCAGCAAUUUUAAUGGCCAGUAGUGUACACCCUCCUGAAACAGAAGAUGGAGCUGUUAGCGAAGAAGAUGACGAGGAAGAUGAAGAAGCCAUCUGCAAUUUCAUCAGAGCCUGGGCAUGGAUGGCCAUACAGAGCAGCUGGAGCUGAUAAACGGAUGGCAACUGCUGAUUCUGCCAGAGCUGUCUCCCACCCCAAGCCCCCAGAUGACUCCUUGGACCUGAUUCCAGCUUUGGCACAGCCAGUGGCCAUUUCCCACCUGUGGGUAUCUGUCCACAGUGAUGCCACCACCAUCUGGGUCACUUUCAGCCCCAUUCUUCUGCACAAGCCAACAGGGAAUGAUAUGUGGCUCAGAGGCCACCCACAUGCAGUGCCAUGGAAGACAUGGACAUUGCCAUCCUGAGCACCGAGCACCAUCCCAUGCUAUAGAGGAGGGACACUUGGGUGGUACAGACUUACAGACACCCCAACAAGAGGAGGGGACUGUGGUAACUCAUGGUUACCACCUCAAUAGCACCUGCAUCUCGACAUCUGCCAAGCUUCAGCAGGACAUGGAGUGCCAGCAGAACAUGUUAUUCAAUCAACCCAUAGAGGUGCACAGUGGCUAAGUUCGACCAACAGGAGGUAGCACUUUCAGAUAGAGGAGACAGCCAUGUAUCAAGAGCAGUGUGUGCUGCUACUGCCUAACACCAGCCUGUGGAAAUGUCAUGACAUUCUACUUAACCCUGCAGUGGAGUGGCUUCUGUAUCAUUCUGUAACAGUUCAUGUUUUUGUAAAUUUCACUCUUGUAUGUUAAACUGCUGCUAAUGAGCUUAUGUACAAGGAUGAUGUAUAGAACAAGUUCAUACUUUUAGUGCCAUUUAUAACUGUGUGUAUUUCAGUGAGAAUAAACAUCUUCAAGAAGUUGAGACGGAAAGACUCUAAAGGCAAAAUAAUUAUAUCAUUCUCCAUGUUUUUCUCUCAAAGUCCACAUGUCUGAAUAUUGUGUGUUAAUCUCAAAAUUCUUUCAGGGAUAUCAGAUUUUUUACCACCCUGCAGCAGCAAAGAUA